AUGACCGAUUCGAGCUUCGUCCAAGCCCAGCGCCGCGUUGCUGCGCGCCGUCAGACACGUGAGGCUGAAGCCGCUGCCCGCAUUGCUGCACAGCGGCAAUCUUCUCGACCCAGAGCCAACCUCGAGCGCCUACCUUAUCCUCUAAAUCGUAUAGGAUCCGCUUGGGAUGCAGUAUCGACAAGGGAGGGCACGCGCCCUGCAUUUCGAGUAGGACAAGUCGAUGCCGAAUUGCUUGAUGUGGAGCUGCUGGAUAUCCUUAAGGAUCAAGUUUGCGAAGGCCUCAAGUACUUUGGCGGAGGGCACCUUCACGAUGACUGGUCCGCCGAAAUAAUGCUCGCUCUGAGGGCGGUGCUAUUCAAGCUCACUGUCUGGGAUCACGAUGCCACAUACGGUGCGGCUCUUCAGAACCUCAAAUAUACCGACGCCCGAAACGACGCGCUUAUCCUCAAAGCACCUUCCAAAUGGCAGAAAUCACUCUAUGGACUGGUAACAGUGUUUGGCAGCUAUGGUUGGACGAGGUGGGAGAAUUGGCUCUUGGAACACGAUGAUGGCUAUGAUGAGCAAAGCCCCCGACUAAAGCGACUUUCGAAGCUGACAUCCGCCUUAUCAACUGUGCACUCGGCAGCGGCAUGUGUCUCAUUUCUUGUAUUCCUAUUGCAUGGACGAUACCGAACACUCCUCGACAGGAUCCUCAGGAUGAGAUUGGCACCACCCACAAGCCAAGUAAGCAGAGAGGUCUCAUUUGAGUAUCUCAAUCGUCAGCUUGUCUGGCAUGCGUUCACCGAGUUUUUGCUUUUUGUACUACCCCUGAUCGGAAUCCAGCGAUGGCGACGCUGGCUGACCAGGACAUGGCGGAAAACCAAAGACAUUAUCAGGACAGGGCCUCAAGAAGAGGGCAAGGCGAACGGCGAAUACGCAUUUCUCCCUGAGAGAACAUGCGCAAUUUGCUACCAGGACCAGAACAACGCAACCUCGGAGAACGAGGUUAUGGCAGCAGCAGCAUCGAGUGGUGUUGUUGGUUCAGCGCAGACUGACAUAACCAACCCAUAUGAGACAAUCUCGUGUGGGUGCGUAUACUGUUUUGUUUGCCUUGCAACCCGCUUGGAGAGGGAGGAAGGUGAAGGAUGGACCUGUUUGCGAUGCGGUGAACAUGUCAAAGAAUGCAAGCCCUGGAGUGGUGGCUUGUUAGAGCCGUCUGCAAAGCAUGCCUCAGCAAAGACGGUGGCCUUUUCAGAUGAUAUAACGGGGGGUGUGCUUGUGGGUGAGGAGGACGAUGGAUCAUUAGUGGAAAGUAUGAGUACAGCUUCAGAGCAAGCUUAA